GUUGAUCUGUCUAAAGUAAAUGUUGACACUAUGAAACCAUGGAUUGCAACACGCAUUACAGAAUUACUUGGCAUGGAAGAUGAUGUUAUCAUAGAAUUUGUUUAUAAUCAACUUGAAAAUCGGAGGUGAUCUUAAUUAUUCGAACGCCUUGAUGAAUUAACGAGUGCAGUCAAGGAUUUGCUCUCUAAACAGCCAGAAUACAAGAUAUAAUGCAUUAUCAAAUAUGGGAAAGGAUCACAUAGAAUAGCAACAAGUUACUUGGUUUGUAUCUACUUUAUUCCCGAUUUUUAUAACGCAACGAAAUCUCAAGAAAUCACUAUUUGGAUUCUGGUUGACAAUCGAAAAAUUACAAAACAAGAUGUCCGACAAUCGAAAUUACAAACUUAAACAUAUCAGGAAAAGAGAAUUCAAUAUUUGUACAGUACAGAUAAGAGGAAGAAUUCUUUGCUUGAGGAACGGAACGGGUUUUCUGGUUUCUGUACAUUCUACACGAGAAAAAUGAAUAGCAUACAUGUAUAAAAGAGUUUUAUAUUCUAUAAAUACCUGUUGACUUUCUAUGUUUAGAACAAUGUGGGUUUUUUUCUCCUCUGCCUCUUAACCUUUUAUUGCCAGUAAAAAAACAAAAUCCAAUUGUUUUAUACACUCAGAGUUAACAACAUAUAUUGUAAUCAUUAUUUAAUAUUCUAGCAGAUAGAUACAAGCCACCUUUUGUUCCUUUGCUGUGUUUAAGGUAGGAACUGUUUAACCAAUGUGUAAAAUAACAAAGCCUACAUACUUCCUACCAGGGUUAUAAAAAAAUAUUUUGUCACUUAUUAGUGAAGAAGAUUAAAAUAAUUUUAGUUCCUUGGUAGUUCUGUUUUAUAUAUACCAAGAAAGUAUAUCACUUAAGUAUUUUUUUGUAUUUUAUUGAUUUCUUUUUGCAGAAAUAAAAAAACUUUCUGUCUUCAGUUACAAGUUUAUUCCAAACAGCACUUUAAAUAAUAUUUAAAGUCUAUUAAGAAUUUUUACAGAUAAUAGUAUUAGUUUGCAUUAAUUGAAAAAAGCUUUCUUUAUAUAUAGUAAUUAAUAAAUUAUAGAAAUCAGUUAACAUUAUAACUUAUGAAAGGAGAUUGUUACCAUAGAAACAGUUUUAAAUUUCACUUUGAAAAUGAAAAUCAACAGUUAAUUGCUGCCUUUAUUUUGAUAUUUCCUCGCCAUCAAUUUAAGAACACCUGGCAAUAAAGUAUACUAAUACAUAUAACAGUUUUAUGAUACCUGUAUUUAGUAUAUCCCUUUUAGAGAAAUAAAUUGAAGCCCUUAAAUGUUUACACUUAAAGUUACCUUAUUUACCAUUUAAAUUAAGGUUUCUUAAAAUUUGAUAGGAAAUUUCAGUGCAUGAAAUAUUGAAAUUAAAGAACUAACUUUACUGCACUCUCUUAUUUUUCUUAUUCAUUUCAGAGAAUUGUGAAUAUAGGAAAAUUAGAAAUGAUCGCUUAUUAAUGCUCCUUUUUUCUUCCCCUGUUUCGUUGUAGUAUCCUGACCCGAAAGAGAUGCAGAUAAAUUUGACGGGAUUUUUAAAUUCAAAGAAUGCUCGUGUGUUUAUGGGAGAGUUAUGGGAGUUGUUGUGUAGUGCUCAAGAAAACAUUGGUGGAAUUCCAGCCAAAUUUGUGGAACAAAAGAAAGAGGAGAUCAAAAAGAGACAGGCAGAGCAGGAAAGAAUACAGCAAAGUUUAAAGGUGUCGGAGGAACAAAUUAGGAAUGCCAUAAUGAAGGAACGAGAGGAGGCAGAAAGAAGGGAACGUAAUAGUCCAGACAGACAUAGAAGAGACAGGUCAAGGUCACCUCGGAGGAAAAAGCGUGACAGAAGUUCAUCUAGAUCUCCAAGGAAAGAUAAUGAUAAAACAGAUGACCAGUCCACUGAAAAUAAAUCCGAUGAUAAAUCAGACAGUAAAUCAGAAAAUAAAACCGUUAUUGACGGUCAUACACCAGUUGCACUAGUGCCAUUACAAGUUAAAGACGAUGAUAAAGAUUCGGAUGCACCAAAAGAUAAAAGUGAGACAGCUGCUGUUACUACUAAUGGUGAAAAGGAGAAAACAGAAUCGGAUAGAGAAAAUGAUGAAGAGAAAGACGGUAAAGAUAAAGAGGAGAGAAAAAAUGGUGAGGAGAAAAGUGGCAAAAGUCGUAACAGAUCAAGGUCAAGGUCACGUGAUAGAAAGAGAAGAAGUAGGUCAAGGUCAGGAGAUAGGAGGCGUGAUGACAGAGACCGUGAUAGAGAUAGAAAAUACAGUAGAAGAUCAAGAUCAAGAUCACCAAGACGAAGAUCUCCUAGAAGGUCGCCACCACGUAGGAGGUCAAGGUCACGAGAUAGGGAUAGAAGAAGGUCACCACCUAGGUCACGUACACGUAGAAGUGCUAGUCCAGCAAGGCGUAGAUACUCUCCUCCCCGUAGACAGAGAUCUCCUUCACCUCGAAGACGUAGAGAUCCCAGCAGGGAAAGAGAUAGGGACAGAAAAAGAACACCUCCACCUCCUCCAAAAAGAAAGGAAAGGAGUCCAAGUAGUUCUGACAGUGAUUCGGACAGUUCUAAUUCGGAUGCACCUGCAGGGAAAAGACCUCCAAAUACUAGAAAGCCAAUGAUGGAUGAAAGUGAUGAUGGUGAUACAAGUAGUAAAGUCGGGAUCCAGCAGAGACGUACAUACAGGAAACAGAGGGAUGAACCGGAAGAAUCCGAUUCAUCUAGUUCCUCGUCAUCAUCAUCAGACGAUGAGGCUCCUCCUCCACCAGCUAGACGUCGUGAGAGAGAUGCUAGGCGUCUUCCAUCACCAAGAAGAGAUGAUAGAUAUCGCAGAUAUCCGUCUCCACCACAUUAUAGAGAUAAUCGUGAUCGUUUUCGUGAUGAACGUGAUAGGUACGAGAGGGAUAGAUUUAGGGAUGAUAGAGACAGGUUUAGAGAUGAUCGUGACAGAUAUGUUGAUCCUAGAAGACAGAGGAGUCCAAUGAGACGAAGGUCACCACGUGGUUCAUUUGAUGAAGAUACAAGACGCAGGCGAGAAAGUCCUCCAAGGAGGGAACGACGUAGGUCAUCUCCCUCACCUGUCAAACGUAGAUAUGUAGAAAGUCCACCAGAUGACAGACGCAAACGUAGGGUUGAGGCGGAGUCUCCUCCCCCAGAGAAACAAAGAAGACGUAGACGUGUAACUGAUUCUGAUGAAGAAAUACAACAAGAGUCUCGUAGAAGAAAGAUGCAAGAACCUGAACGCAGGAAGCAAAAGCAAGAUGCAGUUAAAGAAGACUCUUCAUCUGAUGAUGAUGAUUCCUCUCCUGAGAGACCACCGGUUAAACAGGCUUCCAGACGACGGGAACAAAACUCGGAGUCCCCUGAACCAAGAAAACCAUCUGGUAAACAAAAGUUACCUCCCUCAAGAAAAAAAGCUGACACUGAUAGUGAGGAUAGCUCUAGUGAUGAAAAUGUUUCUCGUGAAGUUAGAAAAGUGAAAAAAGAAUCCUCUUUUUCACCAGUUAAUGAAGUACGAAGGAGAGGAAAAGAUAGGUCUGAAUCCCCAGUAAGGAAACCAUCUCCAGCAGCUAGAAAAUCCGCGUCCAGACAUGAACCCUCUGAGCAACGCUUGCCCAAAAAAAGAGACUCUAGUCCAGAUGAAAGUUCACCUGAAAGAUCUCGUCAAAGGAAAGCUUCUUACUCUCCGGAUCAUAGGGAAAUAAUAAAAAGAUCAAGGGAGAAAGAGGGCUCUAUUAAACGUAAAAAGGAACGUUCCCCUAGUCCUAAUGAAAGAAGACCUAAGAAAACAAGGUCAUUUUCUGAUGACUCGGAUCAGGAGGGGAAGAAGGUACCGGAAGAUUCAGAUGAAUAUAGGAGAGUUGUUGUAAUGAGAUCAGAGAGUCGGGAGGAACGUGUAGUAAGACAGACAUCCAGGGAAGAUACCACUAAACAUAAGAAGCAAGCAGUUGACUCCGAGUCAGGGCAAUCUGGUUCAGAUGAUGGAAAGAAGAAAAAGAAAAAGAAAGAAAAGAAGCACAAGAAACACAAAAAGCACAAGAAACAUAAGCUUAAAAAAGAGACUGCGGAGUCUGAUAGUGAGGAGGGGCAAGUUGGAGAUGGGGAGGAGCUAGAGAAAGCCCUCAGAGAGAAAGCUCUACAAUCUAUGAAGCAGCGUGGUGUGUCGAGGGAGAGCCAUCAAGAUGACUCGUCAGAUUAAAACAUACAUUUACAUCACCAUAUGUAUAUAGAGACUAUUUACAUUACAACCUUUUUUUUGUCCAAGACAAAUCAUGAUGUAUAUUAUUAUUCACAAUAUCAACAGAUCAUUGUUUCAUUCCCUUGAAAUAUGAGUUGUGUAGAAUAGAAUAGACUUGUGAAAUUUUUUGUAGAAUGAACAAUUUGAUUUCACAACUUUAAUCUUUAAAUGGAUUUUUUUGUUUCUGUUUAUUUUUUUUUUUUUAUUAUUAUUUUUUUUUAUUAUAAAUGGUAUUUGAUUGGUGUAAUUUUUGUUUGGAUGUUAUGUACUGCUUACCCAGAUUUUAUUUGCUACAUAAAAGUGACAAAGCAUUACUACAAAUGUUGACUCAUGCUGGCUAACUAACCUGUUAUUUGUUUGUUGUAAGUUUGUAGUAAGUUUGAAAUAUUCUUUUUAUUAAUUUGAUUCCUAUUCUUUUGGUAUUUUUAAAGCAAGAUUUUGGUUGACAUAUUUUUAUUGUACUCGUCAAUAAAAUUUAUAGAUAACUCAGAUAAAAUUGAUUAACAAGUACCAUGUUCAGUAAGUUAUGUUAUAUAAAGAAGGCUUCUUGUGUUUAAGUAAACUUAAAAACCAGUAUAGUUUUUAGCUCCACUUUUUGAUUAGAAAAAGUGGAGCUAUUAUCAAGACCCCAUCGGCAUUUGUUAAUCUUUUUGUUAAGGUCCAUUUUCACAGAAACUAUUUAAGCUUUUCACUUUGAACUUAGUUUGCAUGUUUAUUGUCAUUAAAUUACACCAUUUCAGAAAGUGAAAUAAUUUUUUGCAAAGUUAUGCCCCUUUGAUAUGUUGCUUCUACUUUAGUAUCCUGCCGGAGAAAAGUGAACAGUGCUGUUUGUAGACAAAUCUUGUUUUACUGGAUCAUGUAAUUAGCCCUGUGUACUUAUCUAUAAACCUUGUCACAAUGAGUGGAGACCAAUUUUGACAUGUAAUAUGUAGCAACCCAAACAUAAUCCUGAGAAAAAAAAAGUUCCAAGGGUUUUCUUAAACUGCCAUUAUUAUAAUCAAGUUUGGCUUUAUAUUAUACAAUGUUAAAAGAUAUGAGUAAUACUGUAAUAUUUAAGUGGGUGUAAAUUGAUAAUAAAAUAGUCACAGUGGGUGUCUUUUUUAAAAGAGAAUUACUUUAACCCUGCUGAUUGUGUAAUGGACUUGUCCUAUUUUGAAUUUGGUACAACACAGGAGUAGUGUAACCCAUCAUCUGCUAGAACCUAAUAUUAACCUGUGCCACCAGUAUAGAGCCAGGCCAGCCUUCAUAUCAUUGUGCAGUCUGACCAGCCUCUAUACUGCUGGUAGUUUAAUCUUUGUAUUUCAAUGUUGAAAUCCCUUUAACUUUGAAUGGACUGUUCCAAAUUCAAAGCAGGGCAAGUUCAUUAUACAAAUUUAGCAGGUUAAAGAGUCCCACUAUCAAUAUAGUAAAAUUGAGUAGCUACCUGAAUAGAACAUGGCAAGAGGAAAAUUAAUGCAGGCAAAGCUAGCUUUGUACUUCAGGCAUAAAUUUGCCAUUAUAUCCUUGAGUGCUUUUUUUUUAGGUAAAGUACUUUAAACAUAUGAAAUCUUGACAUAAUUUAAUUUGUUUACUUGAAAUAGAUGUCUUUUUAUAAAACAUUUCAAAAAAGAAUUUCGGCUUAAUGUACUGCAAAAUCAAAUUUAAUCCUUUUUUUUAGCUGAACUAAGUUACAGAAAACAAAUUUUUAAUAGUCAAAAUUUUUGAAAUGUGAAGCUUUGUCAAAUUAAAUAGAAAUAUUUGAUCACAAAUCAAAUUUGUAAAUUGAUCUUAUCAACGGUAAUAGAUAAUGUAAUAUAUUUGUAAUGAUUAACAUUUAACAUGUUUGUUUUUCAACUUCUUUUGAAAUAUUUGAUGUUGACAUAAUUGUACAUAAAAAUUAUUAAUGUCGAUUUCUAGUUACAAAAUAAGGAAAUGAUUUAAUUUUGAACAUAUUUAUCAAUCUGCACAUGUAUAGCAUAUUCUGAAGAGCAUUUAAAAGCAAGAAUUUUAGCUCACCUGAGCACAAAGAUGAGCUAUUAAGAUUAGUCAUUUGUCUGUGUCCAUUGGUCUAUUUUGUUCAGUAUGUUUGUCUGGAGAUGCUUAAAAAGUCAAAUUUGAUUACUUUUCAGGCCCUUGGGGGGGGGGGGGCAAGUCCUGUGGUCCAAUCAUGAGAAAACCUUGUUUCAUUAAUGUCUUGGACAGAUCCAAACAUGGACCAUAUGUGGUCAAGACUAGGUAACAAGGUCAAUAAUAUGUUUCCAUUUAUUACUCAUCUUGUGUCAUAGAUUAAUGCUUGCACUCUAUUAGCAUGAGAAAAAUGGUAUUUCAGAAACAUUAGGUGAGCGAAAAAAGGCCAUCAUAGCACUCUUGUUUAAUUACUCAAUUAAGAAAUCCUGAUUGAUGUACUGAAAAAGUUGUAGUAGAUGUGAUGAAUUAAUUGUAUAUUUCAUUCCGUCUAUAUAUAAAAUACACAGUUUAACAUGUAUAUGAGUAACACAGUAGAUGUUAAAAAAAACAAAUGUCUGUAUUUCCAUAGAGCUGUUAAUUGUGUACAUGUAUAUAAAUGAAAUAUUAGAUAAAAAAGCAAAUGUCUGUAUUAUACAGUGAUUAUGAUACUGUUAAACAGAAUGCAUCAAAGGUGACUAAUAAAAGUUGAAAAGGUGAUAUAAA